AUGGCAGCUACACGCUACGACGCUGUUGUCGUUGGCUCAGGCUUGGCUGGACUCACGCUGACGCUUUCCCUAGCACAACUGGGGUUGAAAGUGGCCCUCGUGGAGAAAACAGACAAAUUGGGCGGCAACUCAAUCAAGGCCUCUUCGGGAAUCAAUGGAGCCCCUACGCGGUUCCAAGAGCCCGGAGAUUCCGUGGAGUUGUUUGCUCAGGAUACAAUGAAGUCAGGCAAAGGACGGUCCAAGCAGGAGUUGGUGAACGUUUUGGCCAACAACUCUGCCGAUGCUGUCCACUGGCUUUCGGAUGAGUGUGGCGUGGACUUGAGUGCCGUGGCACAGUUGGGUGGCCAUUCGUUUGCUAGAACCCACAGGGGCAAAGGAUCGCUCCCACCUGGAUUCGCUAUAGUGUCAGCGCUAAUGAAGAAAAUCGAAGGAGCAGACAACGUUGACGUUUUGAAAAAGACUACAUUCAAAGGGUUUAGAAAGCAUUCAGACUUCACAGCUGACGGUAUCGAAGUGGAAGACGGCGAGAAGAAUAGAAGGACACUUCUUGCCAAUAACAUCAUCCUAGCCACCGGCGGCUACUCGGCCGACUUCACCUCCUCGAGCCUUCUUCGGCGCUACAGACCUGAUCUUGUUCACUUGCCUCUGACAAACGGACAGCAGACCACUGGCGACGGCCAAAAAAUCGCCGAGUUGCACCUCGAUGCCGACCUAAUUGACAUGGACGCUAUACAAAUUCACCCGACAGGGUUUGUUCAGCUCAAAAAUGAGGAGACUAUUAAUAGUAAGUGGAAGUUUCUCUGUGGAGAAUUGAUCAGAGCCAUCGGCGGUAUUCUUCUCUCUCCCAACACAGGAGCUCGCUUUGUGAAUGAGUUGACCACGAGAGAUAACGUCACUGAAGGGGUGUUUCAACAUUGUGCCAACGAUAACGGCCACGCAGUCUGCAUUAUUGCCGUCAGCGAGGAAGAUUAUAUUAAGGCCAAACCACAUAUUGACUUCUACAUGUCACAAAAUCUCAUGUUCAAAGGUGACGCUAAGGACGUCACUACCAAACUUGCGGCCAUUGCUUCAGGAAGACUUGCGCCUGAAAAGAUCGAGCAAGGUUUGCGCCAGUACAAUGAAGCCAUUGGGAAUGAUGAUUUGGGCAGGCCCAGUUUCGGUAACCCAUUUGGCACCCAAUUCUACUACGGGUUUGUCACACCUGUGCUUCACUUUACUAUGGGUGGUGUAUCAAUCAAUGAUAAAGCUCAAAUACUUACAAAAUCAGGUAAGCAGAUGAAAAAUGUCUUCGCUAUAGGCGAGGUGAGCGGUGGACUUCAUGGAGGCAACCGACUUGGUGGUAGCUCGUUACUCGAAUGUGUCGUAUUUGGACGGAAAGUCGCCCAGCAGAUUAGUGCCUUGUAUUAA